CGUUCCUAGUUCUUGGUAGAGAUCGCAGUCGCAGUUGUUCGUAGUUGGUUGGGGGUAGUGAGCCUGUGACAGUGCGUAGGAUUCAUGAAUGUCAGAUAGGUAGUGGCUAGCAGCGAGUUGUCUUGCUGUUGUGCCAGUAGUGCGUGCGCUGCCGGGACCAGGCGCGGAUGGGGAAUCUCGGUUCGUAACCAUGGCAACUAACAAACAGACAACUCAGUUUGGGAAGAGGAAGUGCUACCGAUUUUUCGCUUCCAGAUUCAUCGUGAAUUUUGAUGAUCUGUUUUACAGAUAGCAAGAUUAGAAAUGGCUGUACGGGACAUUAGCGUGUCUGGUCACUCAUGGGAUGAUGUAUGUGCAAGAUAUAACACAUGGUUUCAAACCACUGCUGAUGAUAUAUUUGAAUCACUGGUGGAUAAGUCCUCAAUUCCAAAUGAUUGUUUAUAUCAAAGCCUUUUGAAACUUUGGAAUAAAAAUGGUAGUUUCGUUGAAGUGUUUUCUUUAACAAAUGAUAACAUUUUUUCUACUCUACGGCAUCAGCUUAAUGAGAGCAAGCCAAAGAGUAUUCUGGAUGAUCCGAGAAUGCUUUUGUCAGGAGUUGAAUGGGGACCUGGCGAAAAGGUCCGUGCAAAAGCCACAAUUCUUAAUUGGAUGCUUAAAAAGUCUGAUAAUUCAUCAGCUGAAUGGGAAUUAGAAUUCAUUCGACAGGCGUUGCAUUCAAAUAGGAGUCUUCCACAAGGAAUGAAAGUUUUUGCGGUUUCAACUCGCAGUUACAAGGAUGUACUAGGUCAAGUUCUACAAAAUAACAUAACUGUUCUCUUUGCUGGAUUUUCUCUUAUUAUUCUCUAUGUCAUAAUAAUGCUUGGAAGAUGCAACAUGGUUGAACAGAGAAUUUUGCUAUCGUUGUUGGGAGUGUCUGUAAUUGGCCAAUCUAUAUUGGCUUCUUAUGGUCUUUGUUUUUACAUGGGCUUUUUUUGGGGCCCUCUUCAUCCUGUCCUGCCAUUUUUACUGUUAGGAGUUGGAGUUGACAAUAUUUAUGUUCUUGUACAAGUAAGUUACAAUGUAUUCUCUCUUGAAAAUUCUGAAUUGAUUAUUGUGAAUUGAAGAAGCACUUUAUCGUAUUGUCUGCUUUUAUAUUAUUGUGUCAAAAUAUUUGAUCAAUCACUAAUUGAAACAAUAGCAAAUAGCACAGUGAACAGCUCUCUCCUCAAACUGAGUAAAAAUGAUUCAUCUGAUUUGUGAGAAUAUCAAUAACAACCAUUCUUUUGCACAUCUGGAAUAAAUGUUUGUAAACCAGUGAUUUUUGUAUAUACAGACAAUAUAUGGUAUGAUGCAUGCAAAUUAUCUCUUUAAGCUAUUUCUUUCCUUAUGCUAAAAUCAAGCAGUGUAAAAUCUGAAAAAAUGUUUAGCAGCUUAGAACAUGUCUGAAGUAACCAGGCAUGUGUUUAUUGGUAUCUGAAAAAUUUAAAGUGUUCAUCCACUCAUUUUACUGCCUUAAAAAACACUACUAAUUUCAUCUCUCAUGUUCCCACAAAAGUAAGUCUAAUUUCACUUUGAAGAUUUUAGUUCGUGGGAAGAACGCUUGUACGAUACUGCCAAUAUCUAGUAUUUUAUUAACAAAAAUAUACUUUCAUUGUGUAAAACUUACUCAGUUAAAUAAACUUUAUGAUUUUCCCAAAAGUAUUAAAUAAAGAUAAUUUUAGUUGCUAUUUAUCAUGAAUGUAACACUUUUGCCUCUGUUGAGAAGUUACAAAUUUCUUUUGACUGGUGGAAAGGUGUACCUCUUGAGCAAACAAUUGAAGCAUUCAAUGUAAUUGUCCAUUUUACUCCAUUCUUUGUUUUCUUUUUGGAGAACGAUCCUUUGCAAAUGAAGCAGCCUACACUUAAGAACCUUUAUUGUAAGCAGCAUUGCUGUUCCGCAUCUAGCACUUUUUGAAAGCAUGGAUGACUGGAAUGAAAGAAAGAGUUGGCUUACUGAAAGAAGAUCUUUACAAAAAGUAAUGAAACUUGCAUUACCCAGUUUAGUAAUUGAUAAAAGGUGAACUUGCAUAUUAUUAUUAAUCAGAUUAAAGGGUGUUCUUAAUUAUGUCUUGGGGACAAAAUACCGAAGGGAUGAAAUAAGACACUUGGUAGAUUGUGCACACAUAUAGUAAGUUUUGGUAAACUACACCAGUACCUCAAAUACAAUUUAGAAUCUAUUUCCAAACACACAAUACAAAGCAAAAGAUGCAUCUCUUUUGUCGCAAACUCAGUGGCAGAUAUUAAAAAAUGUAGUCCUCUAUUACUAAAGAAACAGAAAUUCCUUUGUUACUUGUUGCUCGAUCCCUCAUGCACCCACCACUUUUUUGAGUAGGCAACUGGUGUUAAAAACAGAUUCGUGACCGCUGACUAACAACAGUACUUAAGUGAUGAUGGGAUGGAUGAUAGAAUUGGGAGCAAGGUUGAUACACGAACUCUUUACCAAAUGUGUUAUUGACAUACAGUUGAAAACAAUGUCUAGUUGAGGAGGUCAAUAAAUGCAUCAUUUUACAUUAUUUAUACUUUUGUUGGACCAAGAGGUUGAGUUUUUCCUUUUAUAUAAAUAAUUAUUUCUGUCUUUUGAGGAUUAUUAUUUUAAAAUAAUAUUCUUUCUCAGUGCCUAGAUAAUCUAGAAGGAAGACAACAGAUGACCAUUCCAGAGAGAAUUGGAAGAACACUUCAAAAAGCUGGAGUUUCCAUUACGGUUACAUCAUUGACUGACAUCUUAGCAUUUGCUGUUGGAACAUCAACUGUGAUGCCCUUUCUCAGAUCAUUUUGUGUCUUUGCUGCCACUGGUAUUCUCUGCUUAUAUGUAUUUGAAAUAUUUUUCUUCUUGAGUUGCUUGGCAUUAGAUGAGAAACGAAUCAUGACAAACAGAGAUUGCUGCUAUAGGCCCCAGAAAAAUUGGAAACCAAAUUCAUGCAGCCAGAGAAAUGUCCAGAAAACUGUAUUUAACAAGUAUAUCAUACCAAAUGUAAUGAAGACUCCUAUGAAGGUAUUUAUUCUUUUAACAACGUUAGUACUCUUCAGUGUCAAUAUAUGGUGUGUCCUUCAAGUAGAGCAGAAAUUUGAUCCUAUCUGGUAUUUAUAUCCAGACUCUUAUCCAAUUUUGUAUAAUGACAAAUUAAAUGAAUACUUUCCCAAAUAUGGAAAACGAGCUGCAAUUUAUAUGGGUGAUGUGAACUUCUAUGAAGAUAAAGCAGAACUUAAUGAGUUGGCAACUCGUUUAGAAAGUAAUCCAUAUAUUAAUAAAGCUACUCUUGAUAUAUGGUACAAGUCUUAUGAUGCUUGGCUUGAAAAACAUAAAACAGAACCUGAGAAUGAAGAUGAAUAUAAGGCAUAUUUGCUAGAAUUCCUUCUCCUUACUCGUGAGGGACAAACGUACAUUAAGGAUAUAAAAUUUACAUUUGCUGAUGGUGAUACUGACUAUAAUAUUACAGCAGCACAAAUUCCAAUUCAACAUAUUGUAAUGAAUACUACAGCGGAACAAGUAAAGGCAAUGGCAUCCAUCUGGGACACCAUCAAUUCUCUCAAUUUGACAAAAGAUGGCAAACAGCUUGUUGCUUUCUCACAAGAAUAUGUAUCCUGGACUGCUAAUAAGAUAAUUGGGGAAGAGCUUUUAAGAAAUUUAGGUUUGACGAUUGCAGCUGUGGCAAUGGUGACUCUUAUUCUCAUUCAGAAUCUUCAAACCAGUUUUUGGGUAAACUGCUGUGUUAUAUUUACUGUUGUGGAUCUAGUAGGCUCCAUGUAUUGGCUUGGAUUAACUAUUGAAAUUUCAACAUCAAUCAUGGUACUAUUAUGUGCUGGCUUAGCUGUAGAUUAUGCAGCUCAUGUGGGUCAUGAAUUUACUCGACUGCAAGGAACCAAACAACAGCGAGCUAUUACCACACUGAAUUUGAUUGGAACUGCCAUUUUUAAUGGUGGCUUAAGCACCUUCUUAGCAUUUGCAUUGCUGGGAACCAGCAAAUCGUACUUGUUUACAACAUUUUUCAAGUUAUUUACUGGUGUAGUUAUAUUUGGCCUCUUUCAUGGUCUUCUGUUCCUACCAGUCAUUCUCAGUUGGCUUGGUCCUGCAGCACCUACCGAUGCAGCUAGUAAUAUCAAUGUGUUCACAGUUCCUGUCGUCUCACAGAAUGGCAUACACUUGGAUCACUUGGUCACUACUGACAAAGAAGAAUCUGUAUGUAUAAAUAAGAAUGCAAAGAGGAAUGAAGAAAUGCAUACGGCUGUGACGUUAGAAGCGAGAGAAGGCGAGGAAAGCGAAACGGAUGCGUUAUCAUCUCAAGUACUAAGUAACAGUUAGUUGAGAAGACAAGAAUGUUGUCCAUUCUAGUACUGUAUGACAAAUGCUCAUUAUUUUAUAAGUCUUUUCUACAUCUUCAUAUUUUGUAUAUGUGUAGUGAAUCACUCAUUGAAAUGAUUGUAUGUGUUGUAGUCAUUGAUUUUUUUAAUGUGAUAAAUUAGCAUUUUUACAAAAGACUUUCUUACACGAAAUAUAUAUUAUUUUAAUAUAUGGAAUGAGUACAUUUAUUACUACAUAUAAGACUGUAUUACAAAGUAAGUCUUUCCUAGAAUAAUAUUCAAUUUGUUUUCCAAUUAUUGUUGAACAGAAUCCCAGAGUUUCAAGAUAUGAUUUUGCAUUCUGUGAAUGUGAAAGUGUUAAAGUGUAAGGAUAUUUUUUCAUUGUUUUUAUGUUAGCAAUGCAAAAAAUGUGGAAUGGAGAGAAUUGAAUUGUAGUACUGGAUGACUUGUUCUCAAGUCACUUUCCUUUUGUAAUAUCUUGUAGUGUCACUGUUUCAAUAGUGUUUCUACAAUUUAAAGAGCAUCUUAAGCACUUCAGACCAAUAUUAUUUUUGAAUGGAUCAUGCAGGAAUACCUGGAAGAUUGGUAACUUCAGGACUACUGCUUAACCAGAUACAGGUCUCAGGCGUUUUAUUCUGCAAUAUGUAAUGGUAUUUAUGUUGAUUCUUUUUUCAUAUAACAUUCUUAAUCCAAAUUAGUUCAUCUACAGAUAACUGCUGAUAAUGUUAUCAUGUUUUCUGAGAAGAAUUGUUAAUAAUGAAGUAUUCUUUCUGAAGUGAAACUAAAUGUAUAAUGGAAAUUCCUUAUUGAGAUUGAAAAGGUUUUCUUCAUUUUCAGCUCAUGGGGGUAAAACAUAUUGUAUGUAAGGUGACUUUUAAUGUUCUGUGAUAACACUUUAGUUUUAAACAUAGUGAAGAGCACAAUAGUUUUGACUUUUUCUAAUUGAUGACAGAAUCAGGAUAUACUGAAUUUGAAUUUCUUUUUGUACAUGGUUUCAAACUAUGCAUAUCUGAAAGUAUAAUGCCAACAUUACUGUCCUUCCUUGUACUUUAGAGUUGUAUUUUUUACUUGAAUUAGACCCUUAGUUUAUAAAAGAAGAAUUAGUUCAGUAGUUGAGAAUAAGAUGAAGUUAAGGUGUUUUAUAUAUUGAAACUUGGUUCAUUGUUUCCCUAGCAAAGUUCUUUAAAAGUAUCUAAAAAUGUGGCAGAAUACUGACUUGAUUGAUAUUAUAAUAAUGAAAAUACAGGUUGCCUUUCCUGGAACAGUACAAUAUUACAUAAAAUACAAUUCUCUGCCAGGGUUCAGAAUUUCAUUAAUAUGUAUUCCUGUAUAGAGGAAAUACAUUGUAGUCUAUAUGCAAGCUAGUAUCUAUGAAGAACUGAAGAAUUUGAGGAGAUAGCGGUGAUGUUAAUUGAUUGAAAAAUCUGAUACAUUUAAAAAAAAAUUGGUGAUGUAUGCAAAAUGAUAUUGUUAUCUUUCUUCAUUAUGAAUUGUAUAAAAAUAUUUUAUGUAAUUUGAGUAGUUCAUUUAUGAUGUAAAUAUGCUCAAGGUACCAUAUAUUUUUGUUAAAAUAUCAGUUAAAACUAGUUGAUACUGAGAAUUGUUACUAUAUCUUUCAGUUCAGGAAUGGCAUAUUUGCAUCUUAUAAAAAAGUUAUUUAAAAAAUUAAAACUUACUUUUUCCAAGAAUGAAAAUGUGAAACAAUAAAACAAAUUUAAGUGAAUCUGAAUGGUGUGGAUGAAUUUUAGUAUGAAACGAAGUGUUUGUUUCCAUUAUAGAAUAUUUUCAUGUCAUUCCAAUGCAAUUAAACAUAUGCAAGAGCUAGAACAAGUUUGCUAGUUACUGUGAUCAACAUGUAGUCCGUUUCUUUAUAAAUAACAAACUUAAUAUAAAAUUAAUUUUUACUUCCUUGCCCUUAAUUCAUAAGGUAGAAAAAGUGUUGUAAUCGUGCACAGCAAAAGAGCAAAUUUUCAUCAGAAAAACUCCUAUUGCCAGGCUUCUAAUGAAAAAGGAGAUAAAUCUCAUGUAUGCAUUAAAUUACUUCCUCUAACAUGUGUAGACAGUAACUAUGUUUUGCGGGGCCUUGAUAUUGAAAAUUUGAUUGACAGCAACAAUGUCUCUCUGUCCAUCUACCUGUCUCUUGUGUUAUUCUGCCUCUGCCCGUCUGACUAAUUCUCUGUCUCUGCCCGUCUUGACUGUUUCUCUGUCUCUGCCUGUCUAUCUGUCUGAUUCUAUUUUGAAAAU